CCAAGACCAGUAGCCCUACCCGUUCGCAUGUCCAACCAUUCUGCAUCGCCCGGAGCAACAGCCACGCAGACUAGAAAAAAAGGCAACACGCACUCUCUAAGGGGAGAGAGUGAGAAGGGAGGGGAGAGAGAAAAACGCCCUGGACACGGAGGGAGACUCGGGUUGAUAGAGAAAGACAAGUAUUUUAGAAGUGAGAAAGAACGUUUGAUUGGGAAGAAGAAGACGUGCUUUUAUCGACUGCUGGGACAGCAGGAGGGGAAGAGGACAUUGCCAACGAUGCUCAAGUUGCUGUGUUGAAGUUGUUGCAGCUCAGACUGCUCAGACAAACAGGAAGCAAAGAGACAGAGCCCUUGGCCUUGCUUGAGCAAUCCAAAGUACUAAAACCAAGGCAGAAACAAACCACACCAGAGCAUAGGCAAAGGACAAGGAAAAACAAAGGAUGGCUGAAGAGGAGGAAACCAGGGAGGUGCUCUUCUCUGACUGGUCGGGUCCAGAGAAACAGGGAAUGACCCUUGAGCAGUCAGGUGAAGGAGAGAUCUAUGUCAAAGAGGUGAAAAUGGAGUCGCCUGCUGGACGCACUGGAAGAGUACACGAGGGUGAUCAAAUUGUGGGUGCCACCAUCUAUUUUGACAACAUGAGUUCCGAGGAGACAGCGGAGCUCCUCAAGACCUUAAACAAACACAAGGUUGGACUGAAACUACAGAACAAGGACAAGUCACCAUGCCGCUCCCCCAUGGGCACUCUGUCACCCAGCCGAUCCCCAAUGGGCACUCUGACGUAUGAAGGGAAGGGAAGGUUUGGAGGCUCCAGCCAAGGCAGUAUCCUGAGUGGGGAGGAUGAAGAUUACAAGAGAAUAUAUUCCAAGAAGAUUAAGCCCCGACUGAAGUCUGAGGAUCUGGCGGAGGGCGUGGACAUCCAUACGGAACGCCACAGCAGCACCAGCACCGACGGCAGCACGAUCACCACCGUCACCCGUCGCAUCACUACCUACUCUGUAGACAUGCCAGGGGGCGUGGACGAGCAGCUUGAGCUCACCGGGCCAGAGUUCAAAGGGCAACGGUACGAGCAGUCAGGAGGGGGCAGCUCGUCUCAAAUCCGAGUUUUACACGGAAGCGGCAGCUCUUCAGGUGUAGGAGGUGGAUUGGAGGGGGGUGAUUUUGAACUAGGAGGUGAUGGUGUUUCCUUCACUGGGCCGCAUGUAACUAGCUCUUCUGAGAAGCACUGGAGCACUGGAGGGGUGAAGACCACCACUGUAACGAGGGAGAUAGAGGGCGGAGAUGGAGGAGCAGCAGGGAUCAGAUUCAAAGGACCCAGCUUUGGAAUGUCGGGGGUGAAGGGUCAGCGGGAGUUCGGCCUCUAUAGAGGGGGUCAGCAGGGAGACGGGAGCUUUCAGGUUUCAGGUGACUCAGCUGACGACCAGGCAGGAUCAGUCAAUGUCACGGCACCUGGAAAAACAACAAAUAUUUCAUCCAGCUCCAUAUCAAUGGGUAAAGGGGAGGUGAGAGGAGUAGACGUUCAUUUGCCUGGUAGAGGCAGUGCAGACUGGCAGGGUAGGGUCGGAGGUUCAGUACCUGGAAUAACUAUUAGUGAUCAACAGAUGAGAGAGUCUGGGAACGUAGGUCACUCUGGAGGCAACCAGGGUGGGGUUUCCUUACCCAGCAUGCCAGGCAUUGAUGCAGGGUUGAAUGGAGGCAAGAUAUCAACAGACAUAAGAGCGCAAACACUUGACAUCAAUAACCCAGGCAUAAAGGAGUCUGGCUCAGUGAAAACGUCUGUAAAAGGACCAUCGAUAAAAGGAACAACCAUUGAAAAUGAAAGCAAACUUAAAGGUGGCAUCAAAAUGACAUCAUUUGGACUGAACAUUGCAGGUACAGAAAGCGAUGGAGAUGUUAAACUACCGAAGGUGAAGGGUAGUGUAGAUGUAUCAGCCCCAUCGACGAAUGUUAAAGAAGGAAAAAAGAUAGGUGGUAUUGAUAUCAAAGCACCCAAAGUAGACAUUAAAGUUUCAGGUGUUGAUGUUCAUGAUCCGGAAGGAGGUUUCAACAUACCCAAAGUAAAGAUGCCAUCAUUUGGAAUCAAAGAAGCGGGACGUGAGGGUCCUUAUGUGGAUGUCAACCUACCAAAAACCGCCAUUGACAUCAAGCCCCCCAAAGUAGAACUUAAAGGGACAGAACUGGACAUUGAAGGCCCAGAUGGUAAAAUCAAAGGGUCAAAAUUCAAGAUGCCGACAACAUCAGGACCAAACAUCUCAAUGCCUGAUGUGGACCUCAACCUGAAAGGUCCAAAGAUGAAAGGAGAUUUUGAUGUGUCAGGGCCCAAGAUAGAAGGAGACCUCAAAUCACCCAAAGUAGACAUUGAAGGUCCAGAUGUUGACAUUGAAGGUUCAGGAGGAUUUAAGAUGCCAAAGAUGAAGAUGCCAUCAUUUGGAUUCAAAGGUCCUAAAUUGGAGGGUCCAGAUGUUGAUGUUAACCUGCCAACAGUUGAUAUAGACAUCAAAGCGCCCAAAGUGGACAUUAAAGGUCCAGAACUUGACAUUGAAGGUUCAGGAGGAUUUAAGAUGCCAAAGAUGAAGAUGCCGUCUUUUGGAAUCAAAGGUCCUAAACUGGAGGGUCCAGACGUGGAUGUCAAACUACCUAAAGGUGACAUUGAAAUAAAGGGACCCAACGUUGACAUCAAAGGGCCAGAACUGGACAUUGAAGGCCCCGAUGGAAAAAUCAAAGGGCCGAAAUUCAAGAUGCCGUCAAUGUCAGGACCAAAGAUCUCCAUGCCUGAUGUGGACUUCAAUCUGAAAGGUCCCAAGAUGAAGGGAGAUGUUGAUAUGUCAGGAGAACUUAAAGCACCCAAAGUAGACAUUGAAGGUCCAGAUCUUGACAUUGAGGGUCCAGAUGGAAAUAUCAAAGGGCCAAAAUUCAAGAUGCCAUCAAUAUCAGGACCAAAGAUCUCCAUGCCUGAUGUGGAUUUCAACCUAAAAGGUUCAAAGAUGAAGGGAGAUUUCGAAGUAUCAGGGCCCAAGAUAGAAGGAGACCUCAAAGCACCCAAAGUAGACAUAGAGGGGCCAGAUCUUGACAUUGAAGGUUCAGGAGGAUUUAAGAUGCCAAAGAUGAAUAUGCCGUCUUUCGGAUUCAAAGGUCCUAAACUGGAGGGUCCAGAUGUUGAUGGUAACCUGCCAGCAGCUGAUAUAGACAUCAAAGCGCCCAAAGUGGACAUUAAAGGUCCAGAACUUGACAUUGAAGGUUCAGGAGGAUUUAAGAUGCCGUCUUUUGGAAUCAAAGGUCUUAAACUGGAGGGUCCAGAUGUGGAUGUCAAACUACCUAAAGGUGACAUUGAAAUAAAGGGACCCAAUGUUGACAUCAAAGGGCCAGAACUGGACAUUGAAGGCCCUGAUGGAAAAAUCAAGGGCCCACAAUUCAAGAUGCCUUCCAUAUCAGGACCAAAGAUCUCAAUGCCUGACAUGGACAUCAAUCUUAAAGGGCCAAAGAUGAAGGGUGAUGUGAAUGUGUCAGUGCCAAAGAUAAAAGGAGAUACAACAGUGCCCAAAGUAGACAUUGAAGGUCCAGAUGUUGACAUUGAAGGUUCAGGAGGAUUUAAGAUGCCAAAGAUGAAGAUGCCAUCAUUUGGAUUCAAAGGUCCUAAAUUGGAGGGUCCAGAUGUUGAUGUUAACCUACCAAAAGCUGAUAUAGACAUCAAAGCGCCAAAAGUGGACAUUAAAGGUCCAGAACUUGACAUUGAAGGCCCUGAUGGUAAAAUCAAAGGGCCGAAAUUCAAGAUGCCGUCAAUGUCAGGACCAAAGAUUUCCAUGCCUGAUGUGGACUUCAAUCUGAAAGGUCCCAAAAUGAAGGGAGAUGUUGAUAUGUCAGGAGAACUUAAAGCACCCAAAGUAGACAUUGAAGGUCCAGAUCUUGACAUUGAAGGUCCAGAUGGAAAAAUCAAAGGGACAAAAUUCAAGAUGCCAUCAAUUUCGGGACCGAAGAUCUCCAUGCCCGAUGUGGACUUCAAUCUGAAAGGUCCAAAGGUGAAAGGAGAUUUCGACGUGUCAGGGCCCAAGAUAGAAGGAGACCUCAAAGCACCCAAAGUAGACAUAGAGGGACCAGAUCUUGACAUUGAAGGUACAGGAGGAUUUAAGAUGCCAAAGAUGAAGAUGCCAUCAUUUGGAUUCAAAGGUCCUAAAUUGGAGGGUCCAGAUGUUGAUGUUAACCUGCCAACAGCUGAUAUAGACAUCAAAGCGCCAAAAGUGGACAUUAAAGGUCCAGAACUUGACAAUGAAGGUUCAGGAGGAUUUAAGAUGCCAAAGAUGAAGAUGCCGUCUUUCGGAUUCAAAGGUCCUAAAUUGGAGGGUCCAGAUGUUGAUGUUAACCUCCCAAAAGCUGAUAUAGACAUCAAAGCGCCAAAAGUGGACAUUAAAGGUCCAGAACUUGACAUUGAAGGCCCUGAUGGUAAAAUCAAAGGGCCGAAAUUCAAGAUGCCGUCAACGUCAGGACCAAAGAUCUCCAUGCCUGAUGUGGACUUCAAUCUGAAAGGUCCCAAGAUGAAGGGAGAUGUUGAUAUGUCAGGAGAACUUAAAGCACCCAAAGUAGACAUUGAAGGUCCAGAUCUUGAAAUUGAAGGUCCAGAUGGAAAAAUCAAAGGGCCAAAAUUCAAGAUGCCAUCAAUAUCAGGACCGAAGAUCUCCAUGCCCGAUGUGGACUUCAAUCUGAAAGGUCCAAAGAUGAAAGGAGAUUUCGAUGUGUCAGGGCCCAAGAUAGAAGGAGACCUCAAAGCACCCAAAGUAGACAUUGAAGGUCCAGAUGUUGACAUUGAAGGUUCAGGAGGAUUUAAGAUGCCAAAGAUGAAGAUGCCAUCAUUUGGAUUCAAAGGUCCUAAAUUGGAGGGUCCAGAUGUUGAUGUUAACCUGCCAACAGCUGAUAUAGACAUCAAAUCGCCCAAAGUGGACAUUAAAGGUCCAGAACUUGACAUUGAAGGUUCAGGAGGAUUUAAGAUGCCAAAGAUGAAGAUGCCGUCUUUCGGAUUCAAAGGUCCUAAAUUGGAGGGUCCAGAUGUUGAUGUUAACCUCCCAAAAGCUGAUAUAGACAUCAAAGCGCCAAAAGUGGACAUUAAAGGUCCAGAACUUGACAUUGAAGGCCCUGAUGGUAAAAUCAAAGGGCCGAAAUUCAAGAUGCCGUCAAUGUCAGGACCAAAGAUCUCCAUGCCUGAUGUGGACUUCAAUCUGAAAGGUCCCAAGAUGAAGGGAGAUGUUGAUAUGUCAGGAGAACUUAAAGCACCCAACGUAAACAUUGAAGGUCCAGAUCUUGAAAUUGAAGGUCCAGAUGGAAAAAUCAAAGGGCCAAAAUUCAAGAUGCCAUCAAUUUCAGGACCGAAGAUCUCCAUGCCCGAUGUGGACUUCAAUCUGAAAGGUCCAAAGAUGAAAGGAGAUUUCGAUGUGUCAGGGCCCAAGAUAGAAGGAGACCUCAAAGCACCCAAAGUAGACAUUGAAGGUCCAGAUGUUGACAUUGAAGGUUCAGGAGGAUUUAAGAUGCCAAAGAUGAAGAUGCCAUCAUUUGGAUUCAAAGGUCCUAAAUUGGAGGGUCCAGAUGUUGAUGUUAACCUACCAAAAGCUGAUAUAGACAUCAAAGCGCCAAAAGUGGACAUUAAAGGUCCAGAACUUGACAUUGAAGGCCCUGAUGGUAAAAUCAAAGGGCCGAAAUUCAAGAUGCCGUCAAUGUCAGGACCAAAGAUCUCCAUGCCCGAUGUGGACUUCAAUCUGAAAGCUCCCAAGAUGAAGGGAGAUGUUGAUAUGUCAGGAGAACUUAAAGCACCCAAAGUAGACAUUGAAGGUCCAGAUCUUGACAUUGAAGGCCCAGAUGGAAAAAUCAAAGGGCCAAAAUUCAAGAUGCCAUCAAUUUCAGGACCGAAGAUCUCCAUGCCCGAUGUGGACUUCAACCUUAAAGGUCCAAAGAUGAAGGGAGAUUUCGACGUGUCAGGGCCCAAGAUAGAAGGAGACCUCAAAGCACCCAAAGUAGACAUUGAAGGUCCAGAUGUUGACAUUGAAGGUUCAGGAGGAUUUAAGAUGCCAAAGAUGAAGAUGCCAUCAUUUGGAUUCAAAGGUCCUAAAUUGGAGGGUCCAGAUGUUGAUGUUAACCUGCCAACAGCUGAUAUAGACAUCAAAUCGCCCAAAGUGGACAUUAAAGGUCCAGAACUUGACAUUGAAGGUUCAGGAGGAUUUAAGAUGCCAAAGAUGAAGAUGCCGUCUUUCGGAUUCAAAGGUCCUAAAUUGGAGGGUCCAGAUGUUGAUGUUAACCUACCAAAAGCUGAUAUAGACAUCAAAGCGCCAAAAGUGGACAUUAAAGGUCCAGAACUUGACAUUGAAGGCCCUGAUGGUAAAAUCAAAGGGCCGAAAUUCAAGAUGCCGUCAAUGUCAGGACCAAAGAUCUCCAUGCCUGAUGUGGACUUCAAUCUGAAAGGUCCCAAGAUGAAGGGAGAUGUUGAUAUGUCAGGAGAACUUAAAGCACCCAACGUAAACAUUGAAGGUCCAGAUCUUGAAAUUGAAGGUCCAGAUGGAAAAAUCAAAGGGCCAAAAUUCAAGAUGCCAUCAAUUUCAGGACCGAAGAUCUCCAUGCCCGAUGUGGACUUCAAUCUGAAAGGUCCAAAGAUGAAAGGAGAUUUCGAUGUGUCAGGGCCCAAGAUAGAAGGAGACCUCAAAGCACCCAAAGUAGACAUUGAAGGUCCAGAUGUUGACAUUGAAGGUUCAGGAGGAUUUAAGAUGCCAAAGAUGAAGAUGCCAUCAUUUGGAUUCAAAGGUCCUAAAUUGGAGGGUCCAGAUGUUGAUGUUAACCUACCAAAAGCUGAUAUAGACAUCAAAGCGCCAAAAGUGGACAUUAAAGGUCCAGAACUUGACAUUGAAGGCCCUGAUGGUAAAAUCAAAGUGCCGAAAUUCAAGAUGCCGUCAAUGUCAGGACCAAAGAUCUCCAUGCCCGAUGUGGACUUCAAUCUGAAAGGUCCCAAGAUGAAGGGAGAUGUUGAUAUGUCAGGAGAACUUAAAGCACCCAACGUAAACAUUGAAGGUCCAGAUCUUGAAAUUGAAGGUCCAGAUGGAAAAAUCAAAGGGCCAAAAUUCAAGAUGCCAUCAAUUUCAGGACCGAAGAUCUCCAUGCCCGAUGUGGACUUCAAUCUGAAAGGUCCAAAGAUGAAAGGAGAUUUCGAUGUGUCAGGGCCCAAGAUAGAAGGAGACCUCAAAGCACCCAAAGUAGACAUUGAAGGUCCAGAUGUUGACAUUGAAGGUUCAGGAGGAUUUAAGAUGCCAAAGAUGAAGAUGCCAUCAUUUGGAUUCAAAGGUCCUAAAUUGGAGGGUCCAGAUGUUGAUGUUAACCUACCAAAAGCUGAUAUAGACAUCAAAGCGCCAAAAGUGGACAUUAAAGGUCCAGAACUUGACAUUGAAGGCCCUGAUGGUAAAAUCAAAGUGCCGAAAUUCAAGAUGCCGUCAAUGUCAGGACCAAAGAUCUCCAUGCCCGAUGUGGACUUCAAUCUGAAAGGUCCCAAGAUGAAGGGAGAUGUUGAUAUGUCAGGAGAACUUAAAGCACCCAAAGUAGACAUUGAAGGUCCAGAUCUUGACAUUGAAGGCCCAGAUGGAAAAAUCAAAGGGCCAAAAUUCAAGAUGCCAUCAAUUUCAGGACCGAAGAUCUCCAUGCCCGAUGUGGACUUCAAUCUGAAAGGUCCAAAGGUGAAAGGAGAUUUCGACGUGUCAGGGCCCAAGAUAGAAGGAGACCUCAAAGCACCCAAAGUAGACAUAGAGGGGCCAGAUCUUGACAUUGAAGGUUCAGGAGGAUUUAAGAUGCCAAAGAUGAAGAUGCCAUCAUUUGGAUUCAAAGGUCCUAAAUUGGAGGGUCCAGAUGUUGAUGUUAACCUGCCAACAGCUGAUAUAGACAUCAAAGCGCCAAAAGUGGACAUUAAAGGUCCAGAACUUGACAUUGAAGGCCCUGAUGGUAAAAUCAAAGGGCCGAAAUUCAAGAUGCCGUCAAUGUCAGGACCGAAGAUCUCCAUGCCCGAUGUGGACUUCAAUCUGAAAGGUCCAAAGAUGAAAGGAGAUUUCGAUGUGUCAGGGCCCAAGAUAGAAGGAGACCUCAAAGCACCCAAAGUAGACAUUGAAGGUCCAGAUGUUGACAUUGAAGGUUCUGGAGGAUUUAAGAUGCCAAAGAUGAAGAUGCCAUCAUUUGGAUUCAAAGGUCCUAAAUUGGAGGGUCCAGAUGUUGAUGUUAACCUACCAAAAGCUGAUAUAGACAUCAAAGCGCCAAAAGUGGACAUUAAAGGUCCAGAACUUGACAUUGAAGGCCCUGAUGGUAAAAUCAAAGGGCCGAAAUUCAAGAUGCCGUCAAUGUCAGGACCAAAGAUCUCCAUGCCCGAUGUGGACUUCAAUCUGAAAGGUCCCAAGAUGAAGGGAGAUGUUGAUAUGUCAGGAGAACUUAAAGCACCCAAAGUAGACAUUGAAGGUCCAGAUCUUGACAUUGAAGGCCCAGAUGGAAAAAUCAAAGGGCCAAAAUUCAAGAUGCCAUCAAUUUCAGGACCGAAGAUCUCCAUGCCCGAUGUGGACUUCAACCUUAAAGGUCCAAAGAUGAAGGGAGAUUUCGACGUGUCAGGGCCCAAGAUAGAAGGAGACCUCAAAGCACCCAAAGUAGACAUUGAAGGUCCAGAUGUUGACAUUGAAGGUUCUGGAGGAUUUAAGAUGCCAAAGAUGAAGAUGCCAUCAUUUGGAUUCAAAGGUCCUAAAUUGGAGGGUCCAGAUGUUGAUGUUAACCUGCCAACAGCUGAUAUAGACAUCAAAGCGCCAAAAGUGGACAUUAAAGGUCCAGAACUUGACAUUGAAGGCCCUGAUGGUAAAAUCAAAGGGCCGAAAUUCAAGAUGCCGUCAAUGUCAGGACCGAAGAUCUCCAUGCCCGAUGUGGACUUCAAUCUGAAAGGUCCAAAGAUGAAAGGAGAUUUCGAUGUGUCAGGGCCCAAGAUAGAAGGAGACCUCAAACCACCCAAAGUAGACAUUGAAGGUCCAGAUGUUGACAUUGAAGGUUCUGGAGGAUUUAAGAUGCCAAAGAUGAAGAUGCCAUCAUUUGGAUUCAAAGGUCCUAAAUUGGAGGGUCCAGAUGUUGAUGUUAACCUGCCAACGGCUGAUAUAGACAUCAAAUCGCCCAAAGUGGACAUUAAAGGUCCAGAACUUGACAUUGAAGGUUCAGGAGGAUUUAAGAUGCCAAAGAUGAAGAUGCCAUCAUUUGGAUUCAAAGGUCCUAAAUUGGAGGGUCCAGAUGUUGAUGUUAACCUACCAAAAGCUGAUAUAGACAUCAAAGCGCCAAAAGUGGACAUUAAAGGUCCAGAACUUGACAUUGAAGGCCCUGAUGGUAAAAUCAAAGGGCCGAAAUUCAAGAUGCCGUCAAUGUCAGGACCAAAGAUCUCCAUGCCCGAUGUGGACUUCAAUCUGAAAGGUCCCAAGAUGAAGGGAGAUGUUGAUAUGUCAGGAGAACUUAAAGCACCCAAAGUAGACAUUGAAGGUCCAGAUCUUGACAUUGAAGGCCCAGAUGGAAAAAUCAAAGGGCCAAAAUUCAAGAUGCCAUCAAUUUCAGGACCGAAGAUCUCCAUGCCCGAUGUGGACUUCAACCUUAAAGGUCCAAAGAUGAAGGGAGAUUUCGACGUGUCAGGGCCCAAGAUAGAAGGAGACCUCAAAGCACCCAAAGUAGACAUUGAAGGUCCAGAUGUUGACAUUGAAGGUUCUGGAGGAUUUAAGAUGCCAAAGAUGAAGAUGCCAUCAUUUGGAUUCAAAGGUCCUAAAUUGGAGGGUCCAGAUGUUGAUGUUAACCUGCCAACAGCUGAUAUAGACAUCAAAGCGCCAAAAGUGGACAUUAAAGGUCCAGAACUUGACAUUGAAGGCCCUGAUGGUAAAAUCAAAGGGCCGAAAUUCAAGAUGCCGUCAAUGUCAGGACCGAAGAUCUCCAUGCCCGAUGUGGACUUCAAUCUGAAAGGUCCAAAGAUGAAAGGAGAUUUCGAUGUGUCAGGGCCCAAGAUAGAAGGAGACCUCAAACCACCCAAAGUAGACAUUGAAGGUCCAGAUGUUGACAUUGAAGGUUCAGGAGGAUUUAAGAUGCCAAAGAUGAAGAUGCCAUCAUUUGGAUUCAAAGGUCCUAAAUUGGAGGGUCCAGAUGUUGAUGUUAACCUACCAAAAGCUGAUAUAGACAUCAAAGCGCCAAAAGUGGACAUUAAAGGUCCAGAACUUGACAUUGAAGGCCCUGAUGGUAAAAUCAAAGGGCCGAAAUUCAAGAUGCCGUCAAUGUCAGGACCAAAGAUCUCCAUGCCCGAUGUGGACUUCAAUCUGAAAGGUCCCAAGAUGAAGGGAGAUGUUGAUAUGUCAGGAGAACUUAAAGCACCCAAAGUAGACAUUGAAGGUCCAGAUCUUGACAUUGAAGGCCCAGAUGGAAAAAUCAAAGGGCCAAAAUUCAAGAUGCCAUCAAUUUCAGGACCGAAGAUCUCCAUGCCCGAUGUGGACUUCAACCUUAAAGGUCCAAAGAUGAAGGGAGAUUUCGACGUGUCAGGGCCCAAGAUAGAAGGAGACCUCAAAGCACCCAAAGUAGACAUUGAAGGUCCAGAUGUUGACAUUGAAGGUUCUGGAGGAUUUAAAAUGCCAAAGAUGAAGAUGCCAUCAUUUGGAUUCAAAGGUCCUAAAUUGGAGGGUCCAGAUGUUGAUGUUAACCUACCAAAAGCUGAUAUAGACAUCAAAGCGCCAAAAGUGGACAUUAAAGGUCCAGAACUUGACAUUGAAGGCCCUGAUGGUAAAAUCAAAGGGCCGAAAUUCAAGAUGCCGUCAAUGUCAGGACCAAAGAUUUCCAUGCCUGAUGUGGACUUCAAUCUGAAAGGUCCCAAAAUGAAGGGAGAUGUUGAUAUGUCAGGAGAACUUAAAGCACCCAAAGUAGACAUUGAAGGUCCAGAUCUUGACAUUGAAGGUCCAGAUGGAAAAAUCAAAGGGCCAAAAUUCAAGAUGCCAUCAAUUUCAGGACCGAAGAUCUCCAUGCCCGAUGUGGACUUCAAUCUGAAAGGUCCAAAGAUGAAAGGAGAUUUCGAUGUGUCAGGGCCCAAGAUAGAAGGAGACCUCAAAGCACCCAAAGUAGACAUUGAAGGUCCAGAUGUUGACAUUGAAGGUUCAGGAGGAUUUAAGAUGCCAAAGAUGAAGAUGCCAUCAUUUGGAUUCAAAGGUCCUAAAUCGGAGGGUCCAGAUGUUGAUGUUAACCUGCCAACAGCUGAUAUAGACAUCAAAUCGCCCAAAGUGGACAUUAAAGGUCCAGAACUUGACAUUGAAGGUUCAGGAGGAUUUAAGAUGCCAAAGAUGAAGAUGCCGUCUUUCGGAUUCAAAGGACCUAAAUUGGAGGGUCCAGAUGUUGAUGUUAACCUACCAAAAGCUGAUAUAGACAUCAAAGCGCCAAAAGUGGACAUUAAAGGUCCAGAACUUGACAUUGAAGGCCCUGAUGGUAAAAUCAAAGGGCCGAAAUUCAAAAUGCCGUCAAUGUCAGGACCAAAGAUCUCCAUGCCUGAUGUGGACUUCAAUCUGAAAGGUCCCAAGAUGAAGGGAGAUGUUGAUAUGUCAGGAGAACUUAAAGCACCCAAAGUAGACAUUGAAGUUCCAGAUCUUGAAAUUGAAGGUCCAGAUGGAAAAAUCACAGGGCCAAAAUUCAAGAUGCCAUCAAUUUCAGGACCGAAGAUCUCCAUGCCUGAUGUGGACUUCAAUCUGAAAGGUCCAAAGAUGAAAGGAGAUUUCGAUGUGUCAGGGCCCAAGAUAGAAGGAGACCUCAAAGCACCCAAAGUAGACAUUGAAGGUCCAGAUGUUGACAUUGAAGGUUCAGGAGGAUUUAAGAUGCCAAAGAUGAAGAUGCCAUCAUUUGGAUUCAAAGGUCCUAAAUUGGAGGGUCCAGAUGUUGAUGUUAACCUACCAAAAGCUGAUAUAGACAUCAAAGCGCCAAAAGUGGAUAUUAAAGGUCCAGAACUUGACAUUGAAUGCCCUGAUGGUAAAAUCAAAGGGCCGAAAUUCAAGAUGCCGUCAAUGUCAGGACCAAAGAUCUCCAUGCCUGAUGUGGACUUCAAUCUGAAAGGUCCCAAGAUGAAGGGAGAUGUUGAUAUGUCAGGAGAACUUAAAGCACCCAAAGUAGACAUUGAAGGUUCAGAUCUUGAAAUUGAAGGUCCAGAUGGAAAAAUCAAAGGGCCAAAAUUCAAGAUGCCAUCCAUUUCAGGACCGAAGAUCUCCAUGCCCGAUGUGGACUUCAAUCUGAAAGGUCCAAAGAUGAAAGGAGAUUUCGAUGUGUCAGGGCCCAAGAUAGAAGGAGACCUCAAAGCACCCAAAGUAGACAUUGAAGGUCCAGAUGUUGACAUUGAAGGUUCAGGAGGAUUUAAGAUGCCAAAGAUGAAGAUGCCAUCAUUUGGAUUCAAAGGUCCUAAAUUGGAGGGUCCAGAUGUUGAUGUUAACCUGCCAACAGCUCAUAUAGACAUCAAAGCGCCCAAAGUGGACAUUAAAGGUCCAGAACUUGACAUUGAAGGUUCAGGAGGAUUUAAGAUGCCAAAGAUGAAGAUGCCGUCUUUCGGAUUCAAAGGUCCUAAAUUGGAGGGUCCAGAUGUUGAUGUUAACCUGCCAACAGCUGAUAUAGACAUCAAAGCGUCCAAAGUGGACAUUAAAGGUCCAGAACUUGACAUUGAAGGCCCUGAUGGUAAAAUCAAAGGGCCGAAAUUCAAGAUGCCGUCAAUGUCAGGACCAAAUAUCUCCAUGCCUGAUGUGGACUUCAAUCUGAAAGGUCCCAAGAUGAAGGGAGAUGUUGAUAUGUCAGGAGAACUUAAAGCACCGAAAGUAGACAUUGAAGGUCCAGAACUUGACAUUGAAGGUUCAGGAGGAUUUAAGAUGCCAAAGAUGAAGAUGCCGUCUUUUGGAUUCAAAGGUCCUAAAUUGGAGGGUCCAGAUGUUGAUGUUAACCUGCCAACAGCUGAUAUAGACAUCAAAGCGUCCAAAGUGGACAUUAAAGGUCCAGAACUUGACAUUGAAGGCCCUGAUGGUAAAAUCAAAGGGCCGAAAUUCAAGAUGCCGUCAAUGUCAGGACCGAAGAUCUCCAUGCCCGAUGUGGACUUCAAUCUGAAAGGUCCAAAGAUGAAAGGAGAUUUCGACGUGUCAGGGCCCAAGAUAGAAGGAGACCUCAAAGCACCCAAAGUAGACAUAGAGGGGCCAGAUCUUGACAUUGAAGGUUCAGGAGGAUUUAAGAUGCCAAAGAUGAAAAUGCCAUCAUUUGGAUUCAAAGGUCCUAAAUUGGAGGGUCCAGAUGUUGAUGUUAACCUGCCAACAGCUGAUAUAGACAUCAAAGCGCCCAAAAGCUCCAACAUCAUGAUUUGA